ACUGCCACUCGGCUUCUAUUGGCCACGUCUCUCCUGGGAAGGCAGGCAAGGGACGAAAUGGCGAGGGAGACAAGGUUUUUGCUAGGGAAGCCUCGGCCCAGGACGCAGCGCCACCCGUUUUCCAAUCAGCGCCGGGCACUGCAUUCCUCCUAGAUCUUUUCUUUCAGUAGAGACCUUUUAAUAAUAAAUACUACUUACAUUGCUUUACAAUUCACACUUGCGGUCAUUAUUUCAGUGGAGCUUUUCAACAGCUCUGUGAGACAGGUAUUAUUUCUAUUUCGGAGCAGAGAGAACAGUGCCCUUGAGCCACAGGGCUCAUACAUCCGGAGCCUAUCACCACUCCGAAUCUUAAGCUCCCGGGAUGACCGCGGACUGGCGGCCAGGACCACUGCUCCAGCUGUUUCCCCAGGUAAUCCACCUGCCUUGGGUUACCUUUUAGCGCGGCCCAGUUAGCCGCAACCAGCCACCAUUUACCCGCUUUCCCCAAACCAGGAAAACCACAGAAACGCAUGUGCGCGGCCAGUCUCUUCCACGCCCGGGAGCGCAGAGCUUACAGACCAAGGCCGCCCAAGUCCCCUCACCCCAAAGGCUACCCAAGAACCCCGACUAGGCUGUUUGGCUGACUCAGGCGCCCAACGCCCACCCGAACUGAGUCGCUAGGGAAACUCCCAACUGCCAGCUCGCCUGACCGGUGUUCACAGGCCACUCUAGCCGGGCUCAGAGACCGCAGUCUCGUUGCUCCUGGCUUGACGUCAUCGGCAGGCGCCGCAGCGCAGUGGCGGGCACGCGCAGCCGAGAAGAUGUCUCCGACGCCGCCGCUCUUCAGUUUGCCCGAAGCGCGGACGCGGUUUACGAAGUCUACCAGAGAGGCCUUGAACAACAAAAACAUCAAGCCAUUGUUAAGUACCUUCAGCCAGGUACCUGGCAGUGAAAAUGAAAAAAAAUGUACCCUUGACCAAGCUUUCAGAGGUAUUCUAGAAGAAGAAAUUAUAAAUCAUUCAUCAUGUGAAAACGUUUUAGCUAUUAUUUCUCUUGCUAUUGGGGGAGUAACUGAAGGUAUUUGUACCGCAUCUACACCUUUUGUAUUGUUGGGAGAUGUUUUGGAUUGUCUUCCUUUGGAUCAGUGUGACACAAUAUUCACUUUUGUGGAAAAAAAUGUUGCUACUUGGAAAUCAAAUACAUUCUAUUCUGCUGGGAAAAAUUACUUACUACGUAUGUGCAAUGAUCUCCUAAGAAGAUUGUCUAAAUCCCAGAAUACAGUCUUCUGUGGACGGAUUCAGCUCUUUUUGGCCAGGCUUUUCCCUCUGUCUGAGAAAUCAGGUCUUAACUUGCAGAGUCAGUUUAAUCUGGAAAAUGUCACUGUUUUCAAUACGAAUGAGCAGGAAAGCACCCUGGGUCAGAAGCACACUGAAGAUAGAGAAGAAGGAAUGGAUGUAGAAGAAGGCGAAAUGGGAGAUGAGGAAGCUCCAACAACGUGCUCUAUUCCAAUUGAUUACAACCUGUAUCGAAAAUUCUGGUCACUUCAGGAUUACUUCAGGAACCCUGUGCAAUGCUAUGAGAAGAUUUCAUGGAAAACUUUUCUCAAGUAUUCUGAAGAAGUUUUAGCUGUUUUUAAGAGUUAUAAAUUAGAUGAUACUCAGGCCUCAAGAAAAAAGAUGGAAGAAUUGAAAACAGGAGGAGAACAUGUAUAUUUUGCAAAAUUUUUAACAAGUGAAAAGCUGAUGGAUUUACAACUGAGUGACAGUAACUUUCGUCGACACAUCCUGUUGCAGUAUCUCAUUUUAUUCCAAUAUCUCAAGGGGCAGGUCAAAUUCAAAAGUUCAAACUAUGUUUUAACUGAUGAGCAAUCACUUUGGAUUGAAGAUACUACAAAAUCAGUUUAUCAACUACUAUCUGAAAACCCCCCCGAUGGAGAAAGAUUUUCAAAGAUGGUAGAGCAUAUAUUAAACACUGAAGAAAACUGGAACUCGUGGAAAAAUGAAGGUUGCCCAAGUUUUGUGAAAGAAAGAACAUCAGAUACCAAACCUACGAGAAUAAUUCGGAAGAGAACAGCACCCGAGGACUUCCUAGGGAAAGGACCCAGCAAAAAAAUUCUGAUGGGAAAUGAGGAGUUAACAAGGCUUUGGAAUCUUUGUCCUGAUAAUAUGGAAGCCUGUAAAUCAGAGACAAGGGAAUACAUGCCCACUUUGGAGGAAUUCUUUGAAGAAGCCAUUGAACAGGCAGACCCUGAAAAUAUGGUUGAAAAUGAAUAUAAGGCUGUGAACAAUUCAAAUUAUGGUUGGAGAGCCCUGAGACUAUUAGCACGGAGAAGCCCUCACUUCUUCCAGCCAACCAACCAGCAGUUUAAAAGUUUACCAGAAUAUCUUGAAAAUAUGGUAAUAAAGCUAGCCAAGGAAUUACCGCCUCCUUCUGAAGAAAUAAAAACAGGUGAGGAUGAAGAUGAGGAAGAUAAUGAUGCUUUACUGAAGGAAAAUGAAAGUCCUGAUGUUCGGCGAGACAAACCUGUAACAGGAGAACAAAUAGAGGUAUUUGCCAACAAGCUGGGUGAACAAUGGAAGAUUCUGGCUCCCUACUUGGAAAUGAAAGACUCAGAAAUUAGGCAGAUUGAGUGUGACAGUGAAGACAUGAAGAUGAGAGCUAAGCAGCUUCUGGUUGCCUGGCAAGAUCAAGAGGGAGUUCAUGCAACACCUGAGAAUCUGAUUAAUGCACUGAAUAAGUCUGGAUUAAGUGACCUUGCAGAAAGUCUAACUAAUGACAAUGAGACAAAUAGUUAGCUUCUUUUUUUUUCUUUUUAUUAAAACUGUGAUAGAUUUUGUUACCAAGCAGCAUUUGAUAAGAGGUCCACUGGUUUUGGUAAACAAUAAACAUUUUUAUAACAA